AUGAUGGCGAUUCGGGGAGUCUGGGGAGAAGUUGUUUCAUUUGGGAAAGUUUGCAUAAUUUAGAUUUGAAAUCUGAACAAUUUUUAUAUUGGAUUUUAGGUGAAAAAAGAAGAAUUGGAGCUCGAAGAAGAGGAAGAGGAGUCGGAAGAAUCGAGUAGCGAAGAAGAAUCGAGUGAAGAGGAAAGCGAAGAGGAUGAUCGGCCCAUGCUCAAACCAGUGUUUGUUAGAAAGUAAGAUCGCUUGCUCUUUGUGGUAUUCAAUGAAAUUUUUUUCAGAAAGGAUCGUGUCACCCUUAUUGAACUGGAAGAGGAACAGAAAAGACUUGAUGAAUUAAAAAUACAAGAAGAGAAACGAAAAGAAGAACGGAAAAAAGAGAGUGUAAAGAUCAUGGAGCAGACCCUAAAACACGAAGAAGAGAUGGCCAAGGCUAAGAAACAGGACCUCAAAGAUCUGGAGGCGGUUAACACGGACGACGAAAAUGUGGAAGUGGCCUAUGAACGAUGGAAGAUUCGGGAGUUAAAGAGAUUGAAAAGGAACAGAGAUGAAAGAGAGGCGUAUGUUUGUCGAGUACAAUAUAACUAUUUUCGGUUACCUUGGUAUUCAUGCCAAUGUAUUUCAGACUGGCACGAGAGAAGGAAGAAAUCGAGAAGGUUCACAAUAUGACAGAAGAAGAGCGCAAAGAUUACCUCCGAGCCAAUCCAAAGAUCGUGACUAAUAAGCAAGACAAGGGCAAAUACAAGUUCCUACAGAAGUAUUAUCAUCGUGGUGUGUUCUUUUUGGAUCAGGAAGAUGAGAUCUAUAAGAGAAAUUACGCCGAGGCCACGGGAGAAGAUGAAUUCGACAAGUCGAUAUUACCCAAGGUUAUGCAAGUCAAGAACUUUGGAAAGGCUUCUCGAACCAAAUGGACCCACUUAACAGCCGAGGAUACCACCGAUCAUCAAGGGGCGUGGUCUCAGACCACUGGGUUCACUCAAAAGUUCACGCAGAAGCAUGCCGCAGGCAUGAAGGAUGUCUUCGACCGACCCACGGCCAAGAAGAGAAAGAUCAAUUAA